AAACGUACCGUGCGUUGGACGCGUGUGGUUACUUCGUUCGUAAAUUGGUCGUACCGCAUCCCAUGCCCUACCCUGCAUCGAUGGGUGUAUUUUGGCAUUAAAGUAUUGAACUGAAGGAUCCAAAGUGUUGAUCCUAUCGGCGAAAAAUUUCUCACCAUUCAGUAAACGUAGCAACUAUCGUGUGGAAGGGCCGUAGCAACGACGAGCAUAAAUCGAAAACCUCGUAGAAAACGGUGUUGCGUUGCAGCUACGCAUCAUCAUCUUUCGCGCUUUACCGCAAUGCGUAAGUACCAGCAGCUGGCCCUGGUGCUCCUAUCGAUAACGUGCGUCGUGAUACUGUUGGUGUACAAAAGCGAAAAUAAUCGACUAAAGUAUGUGCUCGAGGUGGUCAACAUUUUCGGCCGCAAUGAUGCGGCUAGUUUGAUACGCAUCGAUAACAGUAGCCGUUUACAUAGCUCACCAUACGAUUUCGACAGUCCGCUACCGGCGUGGCAGCGGCUCGGGGAUGGUUUCUACGUGUAUUCUUCGUUCUGGCAGAAAAACGAACUCGCGGCGGGUGGAACCGUCAUCAGUAUAGCGGUCGGGCUCGAACACGCCGCGGUCAACUUCAAAUGUCAAAUACAGCACGGCACGGGGGAUGUCGCUACAGGAAAGCUCCAUUUUGUGCGUCUAGAACAUCCGACCGGUUCGGUCAAAGCACCCAAUGGUGAAGUUUUUGUGGUGUACAAGCUGCUCUGCAAGGUGGCGCGAGAUUUCGGACAACCGACGGAAAUCAUAUUUACCGACACAACGCAAUCCAGCAAACGGUACAUCCCGCUCCGGGUACUGGAGAGCCGAUCGGUACAGCAAAGGAUGACCAUGACGGCCUGUGUUGAUAUGAGCGAUUAUCUGGAGCUGGAGGAAGAGUUCCGAAUGCCUGCUGCUGUGCUACAGUACUUUCUGCACCACCAAAUAGUCGGCGUGGAAGAUUUCAUCGUUUACAAUAGUAAUGCGUUAAACGGAGCAACCACAUCACUGCUGUACAGUCACGGCAUCAAAAUCAACCUUUUGCCAUACAAUUUCCCCUUCGAUGUGGCAAACAAGCAGCAGAACCGCUUGCUUAUCGAAAUGGACUGUCUGAUGCGGAACUACAACGCGGCCAAGCUUACCUUCGUCGGUGCCAUCAACGAGUACCUGUACCCGAGUUCCCGGCUGCGCGUGAACAACAAAUUUCUCAAGUACGCUUCGAAAGUUUCCAGCGACGUGUCCCGCUUUGCCAUCGCAAGCCGAUCGGUGUGUAUCGAUAAACGGAAGAAAAUCUUCUCCGACAACUUGCUGUAUGAUGUGGAUGCUCAUCUGAACGCACCGAACGAGCGGCCGUUCCAUGUGUCCAAACCGCAGGACUACAACCGCACAGCCGGAACGCCGGAUUUCGUGAAAACGCUCGACGUCGAUCGAGCCAUGAUCUUUGUCCAUCGGUACGGGGGAAAAUGUAACAGCAAAACGAAUCUACACGACUGGACCACCAGCCUGCAGCCUGACUUUUUACAGUACUUGACGGAUGUUGGCCGAGAACUGAACAAACUUAUCUUCCGAUAAGUUAUGUUCCGAGAUGGAACCGAUUGAUUGGUAUAACUGUGGUAGUAGCGAGGUGGAGUAAAAUAGUGUCGAUGAGAUUAAAAGGGCCGUGGUGAUAUAUUUGUACCUUUCUCUAGAGGCCACAGUACAUCAGAAAUGGCGAGGCACGAUAUAGGCUAUUUGUAAAGACGAUUCGCUCAAAAUGGUACGAACGAAUGGGAGUACAGAAAAAUACACAAAAACCCGACAAAUUACCAACCUGGUGGGCUACACAAUUUCUGACGGUUUCUUCCCGUUUUCUCAUGCCAGAAUUUGAUUAAAAAGUUCCUUUAAGUAACCCCAUAGCAUUAUCUCUACCGAACACGGAAUUACAAUAACACAAGGCGACUAGUAUGCUAGAUGGAUUAUUAGUUCUCACCUAAUAAUCCACGUGUGUCGUUAAUAUAUUAAAACGGUAUCUCGAAUUCAGUCGAUUAUUUAUUCGGCCUCUGGAGUUGCCAGGGUCAAUCAGUUCUUACACCAUUCACACGUUAACAUUCAUGGGAAUUUAGGGAUAUCAAAGCUAGAACCAGCCUAUAAAGUGAAUGAUAGAUCUCGGUAGGCAAAACGAAUAGCUUGUAAGUAGUUUGUAGAAAUAACACUAUUAGAACAGCGCGACACGCGCAAUGCGUGCGUCAGCAAAAUGGUACAGUUUUUAUCGACAACUAAAAAAGAACAAUAAUUAUUCAAUCAAAAAUCAUCUUCUACUUCUCUUUAAAGCAAACCAAACCAAAACGAGUUGGAUGUUAUCUUACACACAUGUAUGCAUUAACGACAUCCAAACGAUAUCAAUUUAUUGCAUUUUUCAAAUAAAAGUUGAGCAAGAAUCUAUGAGAAUCACAAAUUCACCUUAAACUUUUGCAUCUACCACAUUGAACAGCAUCGGUAACAAUUGUAAGGUGCACCACAAAGUCGUCCUGAAACUGUGGUAUCCC